AAUUCACUUUGCCUUAAAUUCUCAAGUAGCAGAAGAGAAGAGGCGGGGAUAUUCGUUGGAAACCAAAAGUGUUUUCUAAUACUCUUGCCGUUCUAUAAAAACAUUAAAUUUAUAAAACUAAAUAUUUUUGUUUAUUUUUUUAUAAUUUAAUAAUAAAAAUUGUAGAUUUAUUAAAAAAUGAUGAGAUUUAUCAAAUUAUUAUCUUUUAAUAGUUUCUGACACGAUUAAGGAUUUUUAAAGUCAACUGCUUUGGAUUUGCUGGCUCUUAAAAAUUUAUUAUUAUUGAAAAGUGAAUACUUUGGACUCGCCUCAUGGAUGCCUCAUGCCUCUAAGAAAAUCAAAUUAGUCCCUUAAUGUGCAUAUUAAAUUGGAUGUUAUAAUAUAUAAUAUAAAUAUAAGAGUGGGAGCCAUGGAAUUGGUUUCAAAGGUUUUGUACACGAUCACCAACACCACCACAAGAAAGAGAAAGAGUAGUAAUUUGUUUUCUCCAUGGCACGAUCUUCUUCGAUUCCUUAUUUUGCUCACAUUUUACCACUUGUCAACCAACCCUAAGAAAAAAGAGUUUCCCAAUAAAAACAUUUAUUUCCUUAUAUAGCUCUCUCUCUCUCUCUCCGAUCGAGUCUCCGGUGGAAGACAGGAAAAGGAAGAAAAAAGAAGACGACGACGAGGGAGGAUGCAUUUCGCUAAGCUCGAUGAUUCCCCCAUGUUUCGUCAACAGAUGCAAUGUAUGGAAGAGAGUGCAGACUUGCUGGGGAUGCGAUGCUUAAGGUUCUACAAAGACUGCACAAAAUACACAGAGGGACUCGGAGAAGGGUAUGAUGGAGAUAUUGACUUUGUAAAUGCACUUGAAUCUUUCGGCGGUGGCCAUAAUGAUCCCAUCGGCGUUGCUUUUGGAGGUACUUACCUCUCUUUCUUCUUUUUCCUCAAAUCUCAUUAUCUCAAGGAGAUAAGUUCUUUUUUUUUUCCUUCAGGUCCUGUAAUGACAAAGUUUACUGUUGCUCUUCGAGAAAUUGGGACAUACAAGGAAGUUCUUCGUUCCGAGGUAGAGCAUAUUCUGAAUGACCGGUUGGUUCAGUUUGUGAAUGUUGAUGUCCAAGAAAUUAAGGAAGCACGUAAACGCUUUGACAAAGCCUCCAUUACAUACGACCAGGCACGAGAGAAAUUUCUGUCAUUAAGAAAGAGUACGCGACUGGAUGUGGCUGCAACAAUCGAGGAGGACCUACAUAGCGCAAGAGCGGCAUUUGAGCAAGCCCGGUUUCAUCUGGUUAGUGCACUCUCUAAUGCGGAAGCUAAAAAGCGAUUUGAGUUUUUGGAAGCAGUCAGCGGGACAGUGGAUGCUCAUCUCCGUUUCUUCAAACAGGGAUAUGAGCUACUACAACAAAUGGAGCCUUUUAUUAAUCAGGUGUUGAGUUAUGCACACCAGUCUAGAGAAUUUACAGACUAUGAAAUGGCAUCACUUAACGAAAGGAUGCAGGAGUACAAAAGGCAAGUUGAUCGAGAAACUAGAAACUUAAAUGGUUCGCCAACAGGGGAUGGCAUGAGACACAACUCAAGAAGCUCACAAAAAGUCAUUGAGGCCGUCAUGCAAUCUGCUGCUAAAGGAAAGGUUCAGACUAUAAGACAAGGGUAUCUGUCUAAACGUUCGUCAAACUUGAGAGGUGACUGGAAAAGAAGGUUCUUUAUCCUUGAUAGCCGUGGGAUGCUAUACUAUUACCGCAAGCCAUGGAAUUGGUCUUCUGGAAAUGGAAACAGGUCUUCUGUUCACAAGAAUAUGACUUCAGAAAACAGUCCCGGGCUGCUAAGUCGGUGGCUGUCUUCUCAUUAUCACGAUGAAAAACCAGUUGCACGUCUCACUGUGAACCUGCUUACCUCAACUAUCAAAGUUGAUGCGGACCAGACGGAUCUAAGAUUCUGCUUUCGGAUUAUUUCGCCUACAAAAGUCUACACAUUGCAGGCAGAGAAUGCGCAAGAUCAGAUGGACUGGAUUGAGAAGAUAACUGGAGUUACUACUUCUUUGCUAAGUUUCCAGACACCUGAAAGAACAAUCAUGCGUCUUUCUACAAUGGACGGAGAUACUUUCUCCGCAAGUGAGUCCGGUUCUGUAGCAGAUCUAUAUGAUAUCGAGCAUGCGGAAAUUGGAGAAUCCACUGUGGAACAUAAUCAUCACAUAACAGGAGGAAACCGUACGAGGUUCUCAGGGUGCUUGCAGCAACAUGAUAUGGUGGCAAAGCCAAUUGAUGUCUUGACCAAAGUAUUGGGGAAUGAGAAAUGUGCAGAUUGUGGUGCUCCUGAACCUGAUUGGGCCUCUUUGAACCUCGGUGUCCUCAUAUGUAUUGAAUGUUCGGGUAUACAUCGUAACCUUGGUGUUCACAUUUCGAAGGUCAGAUCGCUCACGCUUGAUGUUAAAGUAUGGGAACCAUCGGUCUUGACGUUGUUCCAGUCGUUAGGUAACGUAUAUGUAAACUCUGUGUGGGAGGAGUUGUUGAACUCAGAGAGUAGAUCUUCAGGCACUCCCAUGUCAGAUCGACCAACAAGAAAGUUUCUUGCAAGGAAGCCUGGUCUCAGUGAUCCCAUAUCUGUGAAAGAGCUGUUCAUCCAUGCAAAGUACUCAGAGAGGAUAUUUGUCCGGAAAGAAACAGACAGUCUGCAUUUUCCGGCAGUUUUCCAAGAGAUUUGGGAGAAUGUGCGUGCCAACGACAAGAAAUCAGUUUACAAACACAUUGUCUGCUCUCAAACAGAUGUGAAUGCUCUACGUGGACAAGCAACGUACACGGUGUCUUUGUCCUUAUGGAAGAUGAUGCAACUGGAAGCGAAGGAGGAAACACUCAAAGCCAAAAUCAAGAGAAUUGAAGAGGAGUUUCAGGAGAACCCUGAGGGAUAUUCUGACUCGAAACUGGAAGGGGAAGAAAGUAUGGUCAGAGAAGAAACUUCAAAGGACUGCUCUUUGCUUCACCUCGCUUGUCUUUAUGCUGAUAUCGGUAUGGUGGAGUUGUUGCUUCAGUAUGGUGCAAAGAUAAAUGCAACAGACUCAAAAGGUCGGACUCCACUUCACCACUGUAUCAUCAGCAGGAGAUAUGCAAUUGCAAGGCUGCUACUUAUGAGGGGAGGAGAUCCAAAUGCUGUGGAUAAAGAGAGUAACACACCGGUCAAAUAUGCUUUAGAGACGGAAGUCAAUGACAGCGAACUAAUUGCAUUAUUAACAGACUCCAAAAGAUGAUAAUAUCUGCUGAGAUAAAAAUAAUAAUCAUUUGAUUUGCUUAAUCACUUUUUAAAAGCAGAAGACGGUACAGCACUAGAAAAAUGUUGCUCUCUACGUGAACACUUUUCGCCUGUUAGUUCCGUUGUGUUCAUCAAGAGCCUAGGAGUAUACAUGUAGAUUUUCUUUGGUGCUUGCUAGGUUGAUGAUAUACUGGUUUAUACUCUGGUGUACAUAUGGUCUUAUUUUAUUUUAUGGGGUUGUAUCUUCUGUAAGAUGGAAACCUCUGUUUCUGUUGUUUGUGUAAAUGAAAAGCAGCACCAUUGUUGUGUGUUCUUCUGUU